CCCAGUUUAGGAUAGCAUCUUGCUUCUACAUUAAUCUCCAUUUCCUCCACAGUCCACAGUCUGUUUUAAAUCUUGAUAGCAACUGCAGCUUCAUCGCUAUCAUGGACCAUCAAAUUCUUUUCUUUUCAGUUCUUUUGAGCUUUCUUGUUUCCAUAUUUAUGCUACCGAGAAUAUGGAGUAAAUCAGAACACCCUAAGUCAAAUAUUGCAGAACCACCAGGUCCAUGGAAGCUACCCCUUAUAGGAAACAUGCACCAAUUGAUCGGCUCUCUGCCCCAUCGCCGCCUACGAGAUUUAGCCACAAAAUACGGACCUAUUAUGCACCUUCAGGUAGGUGAAGUCUCCACUGUUAUCUUUUCUUCUCCAGAAGUUGCUAAAGAAGUAAUGAAAACAAAUGACAUUAAGUUUGCCACAAGACCUUAUAGCCUUGCCGCAGAUAUCAUGUUCUAUAACUUUAAAGAUGUUGCGUUUGCGCCAUAUGGAGAGUAUUGGAGACAGAUACGUAAAAUCUGCACAGUGGAGGUCUUUAGUGGAAGAAGGGUUCAAGCGGCACGACCAAUAAGAGAAGAAGAGACAUUAGAGUUCAUUAAAUCUAUUUCUCUUAAGGCAGCAUUUGGUGUGAUUAGUGAGAGGCAUGCAGCAUUUGUUCCAUUUGUAAGAGAAAUAAUUGAGGUUAUUGGAGGUUUCAAUUUAGCUGACAUGUUCCCAUCCAUAAAAUUCCUUCAUGUAAUCAGUGGGGUGAGGACUCGACCUGAGAGCCUGCAUCAUGAAAUUGAUCAGAUAUUUGAAAGCCUAAUCAAUGAACAUAGAGUUAAGAGGUUAACAAUCGAUUCUAGUGAUGCCAAAAGUUUUUUAGACAUUCUCUUGAGUCUUCAGGAACAAGAAGACUUCUCCUUUACAACAGACAACGUCAAAGCAGUGGUACUGGACAUUUUCUUAGGUGGGGUUGAAACAUCGGCUACAAUUUCAGAAUGGGUAAUGGCAGAACUGCUAAAGAAUCCGAGAGUGAUGACAAAGGCUCAAGCAGAGGUGAGACGGGCCUUUGAUGAAAAAGGAUAUGUAGAUGAAGCAGGACUCGAAGAACUAAAGUUCUUAAGAGCAGUAAUCAAAGAAACUCUAAGGUUACACCCUCCAGCUCCAUUAUUAGCUCCAAGAGAAUGCAGAGAGACAUGUCAGAUUAAUGGAUAUGAGAUACCCGAAAAGACCCAGAUUAUCAUCAAUGCAUGGGCUAUUGGAAGGGAUCCCAACUAUUGGACUGAAGCAGAGAGAUUCUAUCCAGAGAGAUUCCUCGAUAGCUCAAUUGAGUACAAGGGUAAUAACUUUGAAUUUCUCCCAUUUGGUGCUGGAAGGAGGAUAUGUCCUGGAAUGUCAUUUGGGUUAGCCAACACUGAGCUUCCGCUUGCGCAGUUACUGUACCAUUUUGAUUGGAAACUCCCUGAUAAUGUCAAACAAGAAGAUCUAGAUAUGACUGAACAUUUUGGUCUUGCGGUUACAAGAAAAAGUGAUCUGGUCUUAAUUCCCAUUCCUUAUAAUUCCCCUUUUGUUGAGGAAAGCAAGUGAUGUUCACCUAUAUUACAACAUUCUCGUUUGUUAUAUUGCAUUGAGCAAGUAGUCAAGUCUAUGUU